AUGGGACAAUUUCUUUCUCAAUGUACUAGUCAUUUUUUUGCUGACGACGUCGCAGCUGUACUUACAGGACAAUUAGGAGUACGAUAUACUAAUCAAUGUAUUGAUCUUGAAAAACGUAUUAAAUCUUUUCUUGAUUCACUCGAAUAUUAUUCUUGUUUAGCUGAUCAGCCCUUAAAUAGAACUAAAACUGAAGCUAUGUUUAGUGCUCGUGCAAUAGGACCCCCGAAUUUUAACAUUACAUUUGAUAGUGGUGAUGAUAAAUAUGAAAAACCCCAUUCAACAUAUGAACGAUCACCAACAACUGGUGCUUAUCAACAUAAUCAAUUACACAAGAACAAUCAUGUUGUAGCAUUUUCUAAUAACAAAGAGGUAGUUGGUGGUGGUAUUAUUGUGGAAGACUAUGAUGAUGUUGGUAAAGAAAACCUAUUUACAGAUAAUAAUGACAAUGAAUCUGUCUUAUUGAAUGAUGAUCAGCAUAUUGAAGAUUAUGGUAAUUAUGAUGGCAAUGAUGAAGAUUACAAUGAUAACAAAAAUGAUGAUGAUUAUGACGAUGAUGCAAAUAUUGAUAAUGAUCAUACUGAUGAUAAAAAUGAUGAUGACAACAAUAAUGAUAAUGACCGAGCUGAUGAUAAAAAAGAUGAUGAAGAUGAUGAUGCUGUUGAUGCCGAUGAUAGUGAUGAUAAUGAAGAUAAUUGGAGAGUAGGUGCUGAAGUUGAUCCCAAUGAUCCAACAUUAACAAAAGAACAACAAUUAACCUUAUCUGUAUUGAUUAAAUGUCGUAAACUGAUUGAUAUGAUUCGAAAAUCUUCAAUUUUAACUUUAUAUAUCAACAUCGUAAAGAACUAA